AUGUUUGAGUUGAAUGCUCCUUCUUUGAAGUGCUUAGAGAUUAAAGAUGUCGGUUACGAUUGUAUGAUUGAGAAAAUGCCUGAGAUCGUGUCUGCAAAUGUGGAGGUUAUCUACUCUGAUACCGAUGACAUGCUUGAUUCUCUUACAUCACUCAAACGCCUCUCGAUAUGUUUACCCUCAGAGUCGCCANGGGUUAGAAUUGCGGUGGAACGAGGUUUACGCCAUUUCGAUUAUUAUCCAUACGUUCUUCAGCAGCCUAGCAAAUUACCUCAAAGUUUGUUUACUUGCGGAACACUCAUGGUACUCAAACUCACCAAUGUGUCACUUGCGGAUGUUAAGUUCCCUGUUAGUUUCCCGUUACUCAAAGUAUUGCACCUUCGUUGGGUGAUUUACUUUGACGAUGAAACCCCUCAGAAGCUUUUAUCAAGCUGCCUUAUUCUUCAAGAGUUGGUGGUGGAUCGUCAAAGGAAUGAUAACGUAACAACCUUUCCUAUCACGUUGCCUUUACUACAAAAGUUAAUCUACAUUGGAGAAUCUAAUGACGAGAUGUUUGAGUUGAAUGCUCCUUCUUUGAAGUGCUUAGAGAUUAAAGAUGUCGGUUACGAUUGUAUGAUUGAGAAAAUGCCUGAGAUCGUGUCUGCAAAUGUGGAGGUUAUCUACUCUGAUACCGAUGACAUGCUUGAUUCUCUUACAUCACUCAAACGCCUCUCGAUAUGUUUACCCUCAGAGUCGCCAUUUCCUACUGGUAAAAUAUUCCAUCAGCUUGUAGACUUGGAGUUUUGCACAUGUGAUUCAGAAUGGGAUCUACUUCUGUCUUUUCUCACACAUUCUCCAAAACUACGAGCUCUCAAACUCAGUGAGAGACAUGGCUGUUUUUUUGGAGAACGAGCGUUACAUUGGGAUGAGCCAAGUUCUGUUCCUGAAACGUUGCUGUCUGGACUUGAAACUUUGGAGUGGAGAAACUACAGAGGAUGGAAUGUCGAGAAAGAACUCGCAACGUUUAUCUUGAAACAUUCUUGUCGUUUAAAGAAAGCGAUUUUCUCACCAGAAGUCACCAAUUUGGAGAAGAAACAUGGAAUGCUCAUAGAGUUGGCUCUUUUGUCCAGAGGUUCAACGACGUGUCAGCUCGUCUUUGGCUAA